GGUCAGAGAGGUCUGGGGUUGUGUGAGUGUGGGGUGGAAGGAUAGGGAGGGAUGAGGGGAUGCACGUCUAUUAUCUCAUUGCCGGACAGAAAGGGGAUUGGGUCUAGACAUCGUGACAAAAGAGGGUGGGUUGGUACUGUUGUGAAGAGGGGUUGCUCAGGAACCCCACUAUUAAACGCAAGACGUGAGCUAGGAAGGAGUGUGUAAGUUAUUGUUGGUUACUUUCUGGAAGAAACGUUCAAUCAGGAUGCCAGAGCCGGUCAAAAAAACAGUCUCAACAUUUGCCAAGAAACCAAAGACUCAGGUGGCAGAGGAAAGGGAAACAGUGGUUUUGAGACAGAGACAGGGAAGCCUGAUGCGAAGGUGAGAAGGCAGAGCAACACAAAGGACCUUGCCUCUGGCGACAAGUAUGUGAUCAAGGCAGAUGGAAACAAGCACUUACCAUCCAAGCAGUUACCAAGGAGGACGGCACUGCCUAUGCAGUGAUUGCCGGUGGGUCAAAAGUCAAGUUUGACCUUAAGGUGAAAGAGAAAGAAGUCAUGGAGGAAGUCAAAUUGGAAGUGAAGGAGGAAGUGAAGGAGAAGGAAGAGGAAGCCCAGGGUGGGGACACAGCAGCUCCAGAUCCAGCUGCUACAGACACUUUAGCUCCAGCGGAGGCCCCAGCCCCAGCAGAGACACCUGCAGCAGCGGACACUACACUAGCAGCACCUCAGCCAGGUGCCAAUGUACAGCCACAUGACACUCCAGGAUUUGAUGAAAGUCAAGCCCCUGACACGAAGACAGACCUCACUGGCCUGUUUACAGAGAAACCCCAGAGUGGGGAGGUCGCUGUGGGUGAGAACAUUAAUUUUGUGGCUAAAGUGAAUGCUGCUUCACUGCUGAAGAAGCCCACCAUCAAGUGGUUUAAGGGGAAGUGGAUGGACCUGGCUAGCAAGUCUGGAAAGAACCUGCAGCUCAAGGAGCUUUAUGAUCGUAACUCUAAGGUCUACACCUUUGAGAUGCAGAUCAUUGCAGCCAAGCCCAGUUUCGCUGGAGCUUACAGGUGUGAGGUGUCAUCCCGGGACAAGUUUGACAGCUGCAACUUUGACCUAACUGUGCAUGAGGCCCGGGCUGUGGAAGGGUUUGACAUCAGGGCAGCUUUCAGGCGCACCAGUGUGGAUGGAAGUGAGGAAGCAGGAGAGUUGGACUUCAGUGCCUUGUUGAAGAAAAGAGACAGUUUUCUUAAAGGUUCACCAGGUCAUCGUGCCUCUAAGUCCCAGGUCAAAAAUGAGCCUGAUGAGGAUGUAUGGGAAAUCCUCCAGAAGGCUCCAGCCAGUGAGUAUGAGAAGAUCGCCUUCCAGUAUGGCAUAACAGACCUGCGUGGGAUGUUGAAGAGGCUGAAGAAGAUGAAGAAGGAGGAAAAGAAGAGUGAAGCUUUCCUAAAGAAGCUGGACCCUGCCUACCAGGUAGAAAAAGGGCAUAAAAUGAAACUAUGCAUUGAGGUGGCCAAUGAAGACGUAGAUGUAAAAUGGCUGAAGAAUGGGCAAGAGAUUCAAUCAACUGGAAGCAAGUACAUCUUUGAGAGUGUUGGCAACAAGCGAUACCUCACCAUCAACCACUGCUCACUGUCAGACGAUGCCACAUACACUUGUGUGGUCGGAGAUGAGAAGUGCACCACAGAGCUCUUUGUCAAAGAGCCUCCUGUCACUAUUACAAGUCAUCUGGAGGACCAGAUGGUCAUGAAGGGUGAGCGGGUGGAGUUAGAGUGUGAGGUGUCAGAAGAAGGGGCUACUGUCAAAUGGGAGAAAGAUGGUGUGGAGCUGACAAGGGAUGAGUCCUUCAAGUACCGCUUCAAGAAAGAUGGGCGCAAGCACGUCCUCAUCAUUAAUGAGGCAACUAAGGAGGACUGUGGCCACUACACAGUUAAAACCAAUGGUGGUGAAUCUAUGGCUGAACUCAUGGUGUCGGGUAAGUGCUUACGUCAGACAACACAACAGAUUGAAAUACAUCUCUGCUCAACAAUGUUGAACAUGAUAGCUAGUAUCCGGGGGUCCAACCACCUGCAGUCCAUAAAGCAUGUCCAGUUUAAAGACAGACAAAAACCUUAUUCAAGGAUGACCAAGCCAAUGCUGCCAAAGACGGCCGAGAAGAAGCCGGCGACGGAGGAGGUUCCAGUGGAUGGUGCAGUAAAGGCACCGACAGAGGGGGAGGCCAAGCCAGAGGCAGCAAAUGAACCAGCCCCAGAGACCCCUGUUGAGCCAGCAGCACCCGCAGCAGAGCCAGUCCCAGCAGAAGGAGCCCCAGCUCCGGCACCCCCAGCUGAGGAUGGGGCCUCUUCAGCAGAAGGAGACCCACCAGCCGAUAGAGCUCCCCCUGCAGAGCCUGCCCCGGCACCAGAGCCCGUACCAGAGCCGGAACCUCCAAGGACCCCAACCAGUGAACCUGUCGGCCUGUGCGUGGAUGACAUCAGUGACACUACCGUCUCACUGAAGUGGAGAACCCCGGAGCAUCUGGGCUCGUCUGAGCUGGAUGGCUAUGGGGUCGAGUACUGCAAGGAGGGCUCUGAUGAAUGGGUGCCAGCUUUCGAGGGUCUGACAGAGAGGACAUCUGUAAUCAUCCGGGACCUGCCGACAGGGGAGAAGAUGCAGUUCCGUGUCAGAGCCUACAACACGGCAGGGCCCAGUGCACCUACCUCCCUAGCACAGGCCGUCACUAUCCGCGAGAUCAUGCAGAAACCCAAAAUCUGGAUUCCUAGAAAUCUCCGCCAGACCCUCAUCAAGAAAGUGGAGGAGACAAUCAACCUUGUGAUCCCUUUCCAGGGCAAACCUAGGCCUGUGAUCACCUGGAGUAAAGAUGGGGAGCAUCUGAACCCGAAGCAGGUCAGCGUCCGAAACAGCGACACCGACACAAUCCUAUUCAUCCGCAAGUCAGAGAGGAAGGACUCUGGGAAGUAUGAAGUCAAGCUGCAGAUUGAGAAUGUUGAGGACACAGCCAGCAUCUCAAUUCAAAUUGUCGAUUUGCCUGGGUCUCCAGAGAAACUGAAGAUCAUGGAUGUUUGGGGCUUUAACGUGGCUCUGGAGUGGAAGCCACCCAAGGACAAUGGAAAUUGUGAAAUAACCGGCUACAUGGUUCAGAAGGCUGACAAGAAGACCAUGGAAUGGUACACUGUCUAUGAACUAUAUAGGCGAACUAACUGUGUGGUGGCUGAUCUCAUCAUGGGGAAUGAAUACAUCUUCCGUAUCUACGCUGUGAACAUGGUAGGCCUCAGCCUAGAGCCCUGCUUCUCAGCAGACAGUGCCUACAUCCAGAAAACAGGUUUCGAGUACAAGCCUCCAACUUACAAGGAGCAUGACUUUUCCGAGGCGCCUAAGUUCACACACCCUCUAGUGAGCCGUUCAGUCAUAGCAGGCUACAACGCCACCCUCAGCUGCUCUGUCAGAGGCAUCCCCAAGCCCAAAGUGACAUGGUACAAAAACAAGAUGGACAUCUCCAACGAGGCCAAGUAUCGUAUGUUCAGUAGGCAGGGCGUACUCACCCUGGAGAUCCGCAAGCCCUGCUCAUUUGACGGGGGAGUGUACAUGUGCAAAGCAGUCAACACCAGUGGAGAAGACGCAGUGGAGUGUAAGCUGGAGAUUCGCCCACCUGGUACUUUCCCCCAAGCUCAAAUCACCAAAGAGGAGAGGGAUAAGCAGAUGAACAAGGCUGAUUAGGUGUAAAGAAGCCGGUUGAAGAUAGGAUGGAUGUCCUGUCUCAUCCUACACGGACCUCCACUGGGACCCUGGCCAGACUACAGCUCAAUGUGAAGAGACCAGAGAUAAUCCAUUAGCUUUCAUUACCCUGUGUCCCACUACCACCCCGUUAUGUGCACAUGUCAAUCUUCCCCGUUCCCUGUUGUGAAAUCAUCUUACAUAGGUCAUCCAAUACAUUACAUUCAUCCACAUUGUGUUAUUGUACCUUUAUUUAUUUAAUGGAAUAAUUUGAGGAGUAGCAAAGGACUGCAUUGUUUGAUUCACUCUAGCAUUCUUUGUAGAAAAGGGUUAUUGAGUAUCAGUGGCAUAGAAUAUUUAUUUUAUGUCUGAAA